AUGGCGGAGAAAAUACCAGACGGGCUGGAGCUCAGCAGGGAAUGGCAUGAGACCGCCGACAGCAGGGCAGAGUUGCUCCGACACUUGAAGGAGCUAGUGCCAAGAAUCUUCUGCCUGAAGACUGAGCUCGGUACUGAGGAUGAAGAGGAGCUGGUCCAGAACCGCCUCAUCUACCCUCUGGAGUGCUUCCUGUUUGGAGAGCAUCCCCAAGAGGGCCUCCAGAAGCUCCAGGGAAGCGCCUCUUCCCAGCUCUGUGGGCGAGUCUUUAAGGAGGGAGAGACGGUCUACUCAUGCAGGGAUUGUGCUAUCGAUCCCACAUGUGUGCUGUGCAUGGACUGUUUCCAGGACAGCGUUCACAAAAGCCAUCGUUACAAGAUGCAUGCUUCCUCUGGUGGGGGCUUCUGUGAUUGUGGCGAUGUAGAAGCUUGGAAGAUCGGCCCAUACUGCUCCCAACAUGAUCCUGGGACCUCAACUGCCAUGGUAACGGACGACUGUGCGUUGGAGCCAAUGCUUUAUGAACGUGCAGAGAGGCUGUUCCGAGUCUUGCUGCGAUAUGUCACAGAUUUCCUAGUGUGGGAGGAACAUUUUGAACUUCCGUCUGAACUGCAGUCUCGGAUGAAGGAGAAUGCCUACUACUGUGUGCUGUACAAUGAUGAGCACCACUCUUAUGACCAUGUGAUCUACACCCUGCAGCGCUCGGUCAGCUGUGAUCACAAUGAGGCACAUACUCACACUGCCCUUAUUGACAAAGAGGGUCGACGCGCUGUAAAGAGAGAUACUCUACAAUCCUGUCAACAAGCAAAGGAUCUCAUUAGGUCCAACUCGGAGCACAUCUCGCUGCAGCCGCUCCGUGUGGAGAUCCUUCAUGCUGCCGUCAUGGCUCAUCAGACCUUCGCUCUGCGCCUCGGUUCCUGGUUCCAAAAGAUCAUCGGUUACUCAGCGGGCUUCAGACAGGCGUUCUGCCAGGUGGCCCUGGAGCCCAGCGCGGACACAGACACGCCCUGUCUCAUCAGCCGCCUCAUGUUACACGAUGCCAGGAUGUACAAAGGAGCCCGCAAAAUAGUACAUGAGCUCAUUUUCUGCAGUAUGCUGAUGGAAACUGACUUCAAAAGGCUGUUUGCCAUUGAGUUUACAAAACACUACAAACAACUGCAGAAGGACUUCAUCCACGAUGACCAUGAAAGGAGUAUAUCAAUCACUGCGCUGUCUGUUCAGAUCUUCACUGUCCCAACUCUAGCUCGACAUCUCAUAGAGGAAGGUAACGUAAUUAAAGUCAUAGUCGACACGGUCAUGGCGCUGCUUCAUGAACAUUUGGACGACAACAAUCGCUUCUUCUUCCUCGGCUACAACUCUGACAAGUUCUCACGCAUCCAGGUCAUCUUCCAUGACCUCAGGUACAUUCUGAUCAGUAAGCCUUCUCUGUGGACGGAUGAACUCCGCAAAGAGUUCUUCGAAGGCUUCAUGACCUUUCUGGGGCUUCUCAAAUGCAUGCAGGGAAUGGAGGAGGUGAAGCGACAGUUCGGUCAGCACAUUGCCGUGGAGCCGGAAUGGGAAGCUGGCUUUUCUCUCCAGAUCCAGCUUCGUCACAUUCUGGCCAUGUUUCAGGACUGGUGCUGCUCUGAUGAUGAGAUCUUGCUGCUGACCUUCAAAGAGUGCCACAAAGCCCUGAUGCAGUGCACUAAUCAGCCUUUUCGUCGGGAGGCUUCUGAUUACUACAUGUGCAAACACAUCCUUCACGUUCGCCCAUACAAAGUGUCCCAGGAGCCAGUCAGCAUACACCUGCCAAUCUCCAGGCUUUUAGCUGGUCUUUACGUAAUUCUGUGUAGAACUGGUGUCAUUGAGCGACUGCCUGAUCCUGAGAGCUAUGACUUUUCUCAGUUGGCGGAGCUGCCCCUGCGCUGUGUGGUGCUGGCGGCUCAGGUGUCUGCUGAAAUGUGGAGGAGGAACGGACUGUCCCUGGUCAGCCAGGUUUACUACUAUCAAGACGUGAAGUGCAGAGAUGAGAUGUACGACAAGGAUGUCCUCAUGUUACAAAUUGCUGCUUCCAAAAUGGAGCCCAACCACUUCCUCAUGCUCAUCUUGUUGAGAUUUGAACUCUUUGAUUUCUUUAAUGGGACCAAUUCUGGCAAAGAUCAGGAUGAGCUGGUUCAUCUCAAUCGUUUGAUUGAAGAAAUGCUCUACCUCCUGAUCGUCAUAGUCGCGCUGCGCCCCCCUGUGCCCCCCGCCUUCUGCCGGGACUUUGCCAGUGUGGUGCGCCUGCUCUGCUGUGACAUCAUCAUCCACAUCCUGAGGCGGGUUCUGCAGAGGGCCGCCGAGGAGAAGAGCACUCACUGGACCGAGGCCAUGAUCCAGAGGGUGCUGCAUCUCAUAGGCCAGGCUUUGCAGGAAGAGAAAAGCCAGCUCGAGGACAGCUCUGUGGAGGAAGUCACCUUUGAUUUCAGUCUGAAGGCGUGCAUUAUAGGUUCGGAACAUGGCAAAUCGGUGUUCCUCUUGUUGUCAAAAAUUAAAGCAGUGCCCUCUCUCGAAGCGCAAAAGGACAUGAUUAAAUGGCUAUUACAGAUGUUCGAAAUGGUAAAGUGUCUUCGAGAGAAGUCUAGUCCUGCAGCUUCUGUGAGCAUGGAGACAGCAAAACCUGAAGAGAGCGUUCAAGACAAGGAGAAGGCUGAAAGGAAGAGGAAGGCAGAGGCAGCAAAACUCCACCGGCAGAAGAUUAUGGCCCAAAUGUCUGCCAUGCAGAAAAACUUCAUUGAAUCAAACAAAAUGCUCUAUGAUAAUAUGCCAGAGAGUGGUCUGCAGGGCGAGCCUGUCACUUCAAGUGAGAGCUCUGCAAGCAACCCAAGGGAGGUUUGUGUCGCCAUCGGACCCCAUCGAGGGCCCACCCCAGCGGACAGGGAGGUGCUGACCUGCAUCCUGUGUCAGGAGGAGCAGGAGGUGACCACCCAGGCUGCGGCCAUGGUCCUGACCGCCUGUGUGCAGAGGUCCACUGUCCUCACGCAGUGCAGAGGCCGCAUCCCCGCUGCUCAAACACAAGAAGGGACGUCGUAUCCACUCUUCAUGCCUCCAGAACUGGCUCUGGGCACACACACUAGCAGCUGUGGACAUGUCAUGCACGCAACAUGCUGGCAGAAAUAUUUUGAGGCGGUGCAGAACACGACGAGGAACAGGCUACACGCAGAGCUGAUAUUUGACCUGGAAAACGGAGAGUACCUAUGUCCACUGUGCAAGUCCCUGUGCAACACCGUCGUCCCUCUGAUCCCUCUGGAGCAGCUCACAUUCAACUAUGAAAAUGCAGAGUUAAUAGGACAGCAUUUAACUUUGCCGCGCUGGAUCCAGGUCUUUGGAGCUCGGGCGAAUGGGCUCAAGUCUCUCUCUCCGGAGAACGAGAAUAGUCCUGACGACGACAAAGGUUUCGGCGGAGAGAACCAGACGGACUGCAGAGCUAUACUCAGCUAUGGCGUCCAGGAGCCGAGGAGGUUCUCUCAGAGCAUCACAGAUAUGAUCGCAGUGUGCGCCACCACCGUGUACAGAGUGGGACUGCAGACUGGGCCCAAUGAGCAGUGUCCGCGCGUUCCAAUCAUGACCUGGAACACCUGUGCCUUCACCAUCCAAGCCAUAGAGAAUAUCUUGCAAGAAGAAGACAAGCCACUUUUUGGGUCAUUACAAAACAGACAGUUGGCAGGUCUAAAGGCCAUUGUCCAGUUUGCUGCUACUCAGAGGAUAAAGAGCUCCCAGGCGGUGAUCCAGAAGCACUUUGUGGACAUGUUGGGAGUGCUGCUUCCAGCUAUGAGCCGAAAGAACACCCCUUCAGUUGUGGAAGUAGACUUCUUUCAUCUUUUGGUGGGGCUGGUGCUGUCGGUGCCCUCCUUGUACCAGGAGGAGACUGUGGACCUGCUGCCCUCUGCUGUGAGCUCGGCCUAUAACCACCUGUACAUCCUACACUUGGUGAUUAUGGCCCACAUGCUGCAGGUGCUCUUCACGUCCACAGACUUCCCGGCUGUGGUCGGGGACAGCGACGCACAGGAGGCCAAGGCUGCUGCCGAGUGGUAUUCCACGGUGUCUCACUUGACCAAAAGGCCAAUGGGCGACAUGUCGGGCUCCGCUGUGGCUGAGCGCGUCAAAAGAGGGAUUGAGCCGUUCCUGCGCUGCGCCGCUCUCUUCUUUAACUGCCUCACAGGAGUGCGCCCCCCAGAGGAGCUCUUUACAACUGCAGUUUCGUCUCUACAAUUGGAGCCUCUGUGCAGUUACCUGGCUCUACCCUCAAACCUGUUCCAGCUGUUUCAGGAUCACAGAGAGACUGUUGCACCACUGCUGCAGAGAUGGAGUGAGAGCCCUGUUGUCACCAAAGCCCUGAAGGGAAAGCUGCAAACCGUCAGAUACCCGAGGAGGAGAAACCGCCUAAUCGACUUGCCGGAUGAUUACAGCGCCCUUCUCAAUCAAGCCAGUCAUUUUCAAUGUCCAAAGUCCAUGGAUGAUGAGCGGAAGCACCCCACGCUGUGCUUGUGCUGCGGGACCAUGCUGUGCUCCCUCAGCUCCUGCUGCUUGAGUCAGGUGGAUGGAGAGGACGUGGGCGCCUGCACUGCCCACGCUGCCACCUGUGGGGCUGGGGUGGGCAUGUUUCUCAGAAUAAGAGAAUGUGAAAUUGUGCUGAGGGCCAGUAAGACAAGGGGAAGCACAUAUCCUGCUCCUUAUCUGGACGAUUAUGGGGAGACCGACCCUCACCUUGUGCGAGGCAACCCGCUGCACCUGUGUCCGGAGCGCUACAGGAAGCUGAAGCAGCUGUGGCAGCAGCAUUGUAUCCUGGAGGAGAUCGCCCGCAGCCUGGAGGUGGUGAAUGUCAUGUUUGCGUUUGAGUGGCAGAUGUUGUGA